AUGGCCGACCUAUCAUCGGAGAUUGCCCCCAAGUUUGCGCCCUUCAUCGGGAUGGCCGGCAUUGCAGCUGCCAUGGUUUUCGGAUGCAUCGGCGCUGCGUACGGAACCGCCAAGUCCGGCAUCGGCAUCGCCGGUGUUGGUACCUUCCGGCCCGACCUCAUCAUGAAGUGUCUGAUUCCUGUCGUCAUGUCGGGUAUCAUCGCCGUCUACUCUCUCGUCAUUUCUGUCCUAAUCGCCGAGGAUCUGGCGCCUCCCUCCACGCAAAGCUACAGCCUGUUCCAGGCAUUCUUACACCUCGGAUGUGGUAUCGCCGUCGGUAUGACCGGCCUCGCUGCCGGCUACUGCAUCGGCAUCGUGGGCGACACCGGCGUGCGCGCCUACAUGGAGCAGUCGAGGAUCUUCGUUGGCAUGGUCCUGAUUCUCAUUUUCGGCGAGGUCUUGGGUCUCUAUGGCCUUAUCGUCGCCCUCAUCCUCAACACCAAGAGCAAGGGCUAA